GAGAAGGGUGGGAAGUUUGGGUGGAAGAUUGACUACAGCUAGGCACCAGAAAAUCAGCUCAGGGGGCCCUGCCACGGACCCACCUCGGGGAGAGGGGCUCAGUCAAGUUUCAGCACCAGGGAAUUCCCAUCCAAGAAAGCUCCUGCCAUUGACCCACAGGCUGUGUGGGAAAGAAGCUGACUUGGUAGCUCAGCCUCUGCCAUCAAGUGAGUUCCCAGAGUGCUGCAGUGGCUGUGAAGGCUGGCCAGGAUCCUAGGCUCUAUGAGCAGGGGAACGUUGAAUAGGAACCAGGAGACCAUCCCCAGAGACUAUACCCAGUUCUGGUGCCCACAGUUCAAACCGGAGGGUACAUAAGGACGGCCAUACUGGGUCAGACCAAAGGUCCAUCUUGCCCAGUAUCCUGUCUUCUGACAGUGGCCAAUGCCAGGUGCUUCAGAGGGAAUGAACAGCAUAGGCAAUCGUUGUGUGAUUCAUCCCCUGUGUCCACUCCCAGUUUCUGGAGUGGGUUCUGGAGGCAUUGCAAGACUGGCUCAGAUCCUAACACCAUCUAGUGCCGUGUUUCAACUCGGACAGUGUCCCAGCUGCUGCAGAGAAAGGUGUGAGAACCCUACCGUAGCACAUGUGGGGUAUUCUGCCCUCCACGUUAGGUCUCAGCCUGGACUGCAAGGGAGCAGAGUGGCCUGAAGUGCAGGCCACAAGAAUGAUUCCAGGUUUGGAAAAAUCUUCCUUGUAGUGAAAGACAGAAGAAGCUCGAUCUCUUUGGUUUCUCCAAGGGAAGGCUCAGAGGUAACUUGAUUCAGGUUUACACACUCCUGCAUGGGAAGGAGGUUUCUGAUGGCAGAUGGCUCUUGUCAUCGACAAAGUCUGAAUGAGAUCCAUAGCUGGGAGCUGCAGCAGACCAGAGAGAAGGUGCACAUUUUUGACAGACACUGGGGCAGCCUUACCAAGGGACAUGGUGGAUUCUCCAUCCCUUGGGGUCUUUAGAUGGCAACUGGAAAGUUAUCCUCGAAGACAUGCUGUAGCUCUGCCAUGAGCUGUGGGCUUCAUGCAGAGAUCACUGGGAUUCCCCGACCCCAACCCGGCCGGGAUCCCCCGCAUGGAGCCAGGGGAAGAGCCGAGGGUCCCGGAUCUCCAGGGCUCCGAGGAAAGGGAGACCCCGAGAGGUGCCCACACAGCAGGUGCCAGGACAGCCAGUGAGAACGAGGAGGAGACUCCCCAGCAAGAAGGGCCUGGAGAACCUGAGCAACACGCGACGUCCUGGAGCCCCGAGCAGGGAGAUGUCGGUGGGGCAGGACGGCAGCGAGGAAACCUCCCAAGGGAGAGCUCUGCUGAGCAGGAAGGAGAUCCCUGGCAGCUCCAAGACUCCUCUGGGCAUCCGGAGGGGAGACUGGCCAUAUGUGGGCAGUGUGGGGAGAGCCUCUCUCAAUACAAAGACCUCGCUGAGCACCAGAGAUCCCAUAGAGACGAAAGGCCUCAUCAAUGCCCUGACUGCGGGAAGGGCUUCACCUGCAGCUCCCACCUCAUCCAGCACCAGCGCACCCACACUGGCGAGAGACCCUUCCAGUGCCCCGACUGCGGGAAGGGCUUUGGGGUUAGCUCCCACCUCAUUGUCCACCAGCGGGUCCACACCGGGGAGCGUCCCUACAAAUGCCCUGACUGCGGGAAGGGCUUCAGCCAGAGCUCCCACCUGGCCAAGCACCAGCGCACCCACACCGGGGAGCGGCCCUACAAGUGUGCGGCCUGUGGGAAGAGCUUUGGGGACAGCUCCUACCUGAUCCAGCACCAGCACACCCACACCGGGGAAAGCCCUGGCCUGGCCGGUGGGAUGAGUGCAGAGGAGAGGCCUUACCCAUGCACCCAGUGCGGGAAGAGCUUUGGCACCAAACUGGCCCUGAGCCGGCACCAGAAGGUGCACAGCGAGGAGCGGCCCUAUGAGUGUGCUGAGUGCGGGAAGAGCUUCAAGCUGAGCCGGCUGCUUAUCCAACACCAGCGGAUCCAUACCGGGGAGCGGCCCUACCGAUGCCCCGACUGCGGGCAGAGCUUCGGCCGCAGCUCCCACCUCCGCUCGCACCAGCACAUCCACACCGGAGAGAAACCCCACCCCUGCCCUGACUGCGGGAAGGGCUUCAGCCACGGCUUCCAGCUGGCUCAGCACCGGCGCGUCCACACGGGGGAGCGGCCCUACAGGUGCCCUGACUGCGGGCGCAGCUUCAGCCACCGCUCCACCCUCAUCAAGCACCAGCGCACCCACACCGGGGAGCGGCCCUACCACUGUGCCCAGUGUGGCAAGAACUUCAAUUGGAGCUCGGCAUUCAUCAAGCACCGCCGGACCCACUCGGAGGAGCGGCCCUUCCGCUGCUCGGACUGCGGGAAGGGCUUCCGCGAGAGCUGCACCCUCAUCCAGCACCAGAAGAUCCACUCGGAAGAGAAACCCUACAAAUGCCCUGACUGCUGCAAGAGCUUCAGCCUCAGCUCCUACCUCGCUAGGCACCAGAAAAUGCACAUGGCCUCAAGUUUCAGGGCAGCACAGGAGAUCUGUGCAGCAGAAAGCCCCUGGACACAUUCUGGAGCCAUGAAGUGCGUGAACACAAUAGGCUGCUGGGAACAGGAGGGGCUGCUCCCUGAGAGGCCAGACAGAUGGAUGUUCCCAGAACGAGGAGGAGCUGGGACCUUCUCAGGAAGAGGUGUGGCAGGAACCCCCCAAAUGUCCCUCUUGCCACCCGAGCUGGGGGAGCCCCUGACCAUCUGCAGCCAGUGCGGGAAGAGCUACAGCCUGAGCACCCAGUUCCUGCGGCACCAGCGGACCCACGUCCGUGAAAAACCCUUCAAGUGCGACGAGUGUGGGAAAAGCUUCGUGGACAGCUCGGCCCUGCUCACACACCGGCGUGUCCACUCCGGGGAGCAGCCCUACCGCUGUGCCGACUGUGGCCGGCGCUUCAGCCGCAGCUCCAACCUGAUCCGGCACCAGCGCACCCACCGAGGACUGCGGCCCCACCAGUGCCCUGAUUGCGGGAAGAACUUUGCCGAGGCCUCCUGCUUCCUGCAGCACCGGCACUCCCACGCAGGCGAGUGCCCCUACCUCUGCCCUGACUGCGGGAAGAGCUUCCGCCACCACUCCGUCCUCCUGGCCCACCGCCGCACCCACCUGGGGGAGCGGCCCUACACGUGCUCCGAUUGUGGGAGGAGCUUCCACCAGAGCUCCCAGCUCUCCGCCCACUGCCGGGUUCACCUGGGUGUCAGGCCCUUCCAGUGCCCUGACUGUGCGAAGAGCUUCUUGGACAGUUCCUCGCUGAUCAUCCACCAGCGCAUCCACACCGGAGAGAAACCCUACAGGUGCCCCGAGUGCGGGCGCAGCUUCAGCCGCAGCUCCAACCUCCUCCGGCAUCAGCGCAUCCAUGCCAGGGAGCAGCCUUUCAAGUGCCCCCAGUGUGGGAGGAGUUUCCGGGAUGGCUCAGGUCUGGCUCAGCAUGAGAGGUCCCACCUGAAAGCCAAGACAUACCAGUGCACCCAAUGUGGGAAGGGUUUCAGCCAGAGCGCCACCCUCAUUAGGCAUCAGAGGAUUCACACCGGGGAGCGGCCCUACACCUGCCCUGAGUGCGGGAAGAGCUUCAGCCAGAGCUCCACCCUCUUCCGACACCGGAGGAUCCACACAGGCGAAAGGCCCUACAAGUGUCCCCAGUGUGGGAAAAGCUUCAUCGAGAGCUCGGCCCUGAUCCAGCAUCAGAGAAGUCACACGUGACAGAGGCCACUAGGGGAGUGCAUCCGUUGGAAGUCAACCAUUGGCCAGUAUCAGUGUGGUGCCGGCAGGAGCAGGUGCCUGGAAUAUUAUGGAUUCAUUGGCGGGAGGAGAACAUCAACCAUUGGCUAAUGUCAAUGUGGCAUUGGCAUAACAGCAUGGCUGGAACAUCAGAGAUUAAUUGGCUGGAGGGGAGCAUCAACUAUUGACCAAUAUCAUCAUGGUGUUGUUGUGCAUUUGUGUCUGGAUUAUCAUAAAUGAAUCAACCGGAGGAGAAGAUCAACAAUUGGCCAAUGUCAACAUGGUUUUCUUGUGAGAAUGUGGCUGGAUUAUCAUAUAUUAAUCAACCUGAGGAGAAGAUCAACAAUUGGCCAAUGUCAACAUGGUUUUGGUGUGAGAACGUGGCUGGACUAUCAUAGAUAAAUUGACUGGAAUUUUCAAAUGACCCUAAUGGUGUCAAGUGACCAGGUUCGAAAUCCCCCCUUGGAAAUCCCAACCAUAGAUGUGGAAGGCCAGAAGGGACCAUUACAAUCACCCAGCUUGUCCUUGUGCCUAGCACAGUGAUAUACUGACAUUCUUGGCAGUGUGUGGAGGAGGUGUGGAGUCUGCUCAGUGUGCCUCAGAAUCUUUGGUGUGGACCAAAACCCCACGGUGCUUGGUGCUGUACAAACACGGAACAAGACGUCAGUCCCUGCCCCAGAAAUCAUACAAUCGAAGUCUAAAACAAGAGACAACAGAUGGAUACAGACGGAAUGAUGGUGGAGUACAAGGAAACAAUGGGACACUGCUGGUCAGCAUGACUGACCGUGGUCUCAGCACCAGCGGUCUAACCACUGUCAAGUUUUUUGUAGGACUGAUGGCAUAGGAGGGAUUUGAAGGAGGAGGAUGUUUAAGGGGGAGCCCCUCCCCGCCAUGAGGGUUCAGCAUGGGAGAAAGCACAAAGGGGCUGGUUCGAAAAGGUCAAUCCAAUCUGGAUUGAAAAAUGGUCAGUGAUGGAGAGUCCACCGUGACCUGUGGAGAGUUGUUCUUAUGCUUAAUUAUUAUUUUCACAAAACUUUGCCCCUUAUUUCUGGUCUGAAAUUGUCUGGCUUCAACUUCCAGCCCUUAGAUCUUAUGUAAUGUAACUGUAUCAGUUUAAAAAAAAAAAAUCUCACCCCGACCACCAAAGCUCUACUGGUAAAAGACGUAGGGGAGACACAAUGAUACCGC